UAUGAUCCCUCAUCCUAUUUUAAAUUAUCCAUCCUGUCCUGACUCCUGACAUCCAUGAGUGCCGCUUGUUUUGUUUAGUUCGUACACGCUUGCUAAGAUCAAUCAUCUAGUUUUUGCUUCAAUCUCUCCGCCCUCUUCCACAAAUAAUUUCCUUCUAUGCAUAACAAACAAUCCAGAACGAACGGAAUUCUUACCUUUGAUUGGAUUUCUUCUUCAUUGAUCCGCAAGAUACUUCUGUACGGACAGCCGGAGAAGGAUGCUGGGCAGUCGGAUAUGGCAGAGGACGGUUUGGGGCUUCCGCCGGCGUUGCUUCUGUCCUUACAUCUCCCUUAACUCUUCUCCGUUGGAGCAAAACGCUCCGUUUCGGAAGAUCUUUUCUGGGACCUCUUCUGGCUCCGCUCCUGCGUCGUUUAGGCGGCCCAGAGCUCCAGAUAAUAUAGAUACACGCUGCUUUUCCACUGAAGCCGUGGCAGACCUUCCUGCGGGCGGGAUAGUUGACGUGCCAUUGGCACAAACGGGUGAAGGUAUUGCAGAAUGUGAACUUCUCAAAUGGUUUGUGCAAGAGGGGGAUCAAGUUGAAGAAUUUCAACCACUUUGUGAAGUUCAAAGCGAUAAAGCAACUAUAGAAAUUACGAGUCGUUACAGGGGGAAAGUUGCUCAUCUUCUCUUUGUUCCUGGUAAUAUUAUCAAGGUCGGGGAGCCCCUUUUAAAGCUAAUGGUUAAUGAGUCUUCAUCACCAGCAAUCAUUUCUAGAGAUCCAGAAAAUGUAGAGUCAUCUAGCUCUGAUGAUGAAAAUGGUAAUCCAGGUAGGGUUCUAUCAACACCUGCUGUGCGGUGUCUAGCAAAAGAACAUGGUAUAGACAUAAAUGAUGUAUGUGGAACCGGAAAAGAUGGUAGAGUUUUAAAAGAAGAUGUGCUUAAAUAUGCUGUCAUGAAGGGAAUCGUUAAACAUCAAUCUGUUCCCUUGAAUGCUGAUUGUGGAAAUCAGUCCCAGCCUGUGGAAAGGAACAACUGUGAUGCAACGGCUAAAUUUGAAUGGACAUUUGAAGACAGGAUUGUUCCCCUUAGAGGUUUUCAAAGAGCAAUGGUAAAAACAAUGUCUAUGGCUUCCAAAGUUCCACAUUUCUAUUAUGUAGACGAGAUAACUUGUGAUGCUCUGGUGGAGCUUAAAACAUCUUUUCAGAAUAAUAAUACUUCUCCAGAUGUCAAGCACACUUUCCUUCCCUUAUUAAUUAAAUCACUCUCAAUGGCCCUGAUAAAGUAUCCCUUGAUGAAUAGUUGCUUCAAUGAAGAGUUAGUGGAGGUCGUACUCAAAGGUUCGCACAACAUUGGAAUUGCUAUGGCUACUCCAAGCGGUUUAGUUGUACCAAACAUAAAAAAUGUUCAAUCUCUUUCCAUCUUGGAGAUAACGAAAGAACUAUCAAGACUGCAACAACUGGCAUCGGAUAACAAGCUUAAUCCUGAGGAUAUAUGUGGGGGGACAAUUACUUUAAGCAACAUCGGGGCAAUUGGUGGGAAGUUUGGCUCCCCACUUCUCAAUCUGCCUGAAGUAUCCAUUAUUGCAAUUGGUCGAAUUCAGAAAGUUCCGCAAUUUGCAGAUGAUGGGAGUGUGUAUCCUGCAUCACUCAUGACUGUUAACAUCGGUGCAGAUCAUAGAGUGCUGGAUGGAGCAACCGUUGCCAGAUUUUGCAAUGAGUGGAAAAAAUUAAUCGAAAAUCCAGAGCUUCUUUUGUUGAACUUGAGAUAAUAGUGUUGAAUAACUUUCUCAGCCCUUUGGCUAAGAUCAAGUGUAAGAUGAUAUUGUUGACAUAAAGGAGGACUUACCCCAUCCAGUUCCACAUUUCAUACUGGUUCAUAGAUGUUAGGGCUCGAGUGAUGGCUCCAAGAAUUGCUCACUGAACAGAUCUGUCAGGUUCCAUAUCCAGUGAAGAGACUAUAUGUCGUUAAUCUUUCUGUUUGAAAUGGGGUUUUCAUUUUGGAAA